AUGGGCUUCUAUCCACGACAUAAGGAGAGUCUUUGCCCUCGAGUUUAUGGUCCGGAGAAUAAACCUCAGAAUUAUGGGCCUGUCAAUAAGCCACGAUCUCACGACAAACCACAGUCUACUGCUUCUGCUUCUCCUUCUGCGUUUUCUCCGGAUACAAAGAAAGAUUCCUUUUCCCGCAAGGACCAAAAGCCGGUUUGGAAACCAGUGAGUUUGGCUUCGGCUAACCAGUCUUCUGCUGUAGCGUCAAGCUUGGCUUUAGUUGUUCAUCCUGCUACAAAACCUUGCCCUGAACCCUCUCCCCCUGUGACUAAAGAAGCUUCGAUGGAUUUGGUUCUUGUGGAUAAAUCGUUCUCGCCAGUUCAGAAACCUCUCCAUCAAAAGCUCUCAAAGCCGCAUUCAGUAAAGCCAACGCAAACCUCUAAUCCUUUUGAUGUACUUCUGGAGGAUCAUUUGGCUAUUACUCUUUCGGGUCGUCCUGCUCACUUUACUGAUCAUGAUUUGCCGUCUAAUGAUUCGAAGAAGAAAAGGAAAGUUUCAUCUUCUUCUGUGUCUGUAUCGCGUGAUGAUCCCCCUCCUCUUGGGGUGAUGCAUCACACCACCUAG